CGAGCCCAUACAAUUCCGGUCCCAAAUCGCACCCGUUCUCUUUGAUGCAAUCCGCCGCCACCGUCGCUGCCUCAGCGCUCCGCCGCUCGUCAUAUUCUCUCCUCUCGAGCCAGUCUCCCGGCCGCGGCAUGAAAAGCGCGCUAAAGAAGUCGGCCGUGCUCUACCACUACCCGUGCCCGGACGGCGCCUUCGCGGCCCUCGCCGCCCAUCUCUACUUCUCCGCCACCUCCCUGCCGGUGCUCUUCUUCCCCAACGCCGUCUACGACCCCAUUAGGGCUAAUGAUCUUCCUCUAGAUGAAAUCAGUGAUGUCUACCUCUUGGAUUUUGUUGGACCCUCUGGCUUUGUUGCUGAAAUAUCUACAAAAGUUGAGAGUGUGACAAUCCUAGAUCAUCAUAAGACUGCAUUUGAAGACCUUUGUGGAAACGUAUUGACUGGCCAGAAUGUGACUAAGGUCAUUGAUAUGAAUCAGAGUGGUGCUACAAUUGCAUUUGACUUCUUCAAGGAGAAACUUUUAGCAUGUGAUGAUAUUUCAAAAGAUCCUGAAAUUCAGCAUCAUAUGAAGGGCAGACUUAACUUAGUAUCUGACAGCAAGAUUGAGAGAGUACAUAAGCUUUUCAAAUAUGUUGAGGAUGGAGAUCUUUGGAGGUGGGCACUUCCAUAUAGCAAAGCUUUUGCUAGUGGCUUAAAAGAUAUGAACAUAGAGUACAAUGUUAAUGUGAAUUCAGCUGUAUUUGACCAGUUACUAGCCUUGGACCCUGAGCAUGUCAUUGGUGUUGGCAAGCAAACUCUCACACAUAAGCAGAGAUUAAUCAAUGAAGUUCUUCAGCAGUCAUAUAAAAUUCGACUAGGCAAUGGACUAUUUGGACAGUGCUUGGCUGGUAAUGCUGAUCACAUCUCAGACCUGCGGAGUGAACUAGGGAACCAGCUGGCUAUUAAGAGCCAAAAUCUAGGACUCAGGGGCAUUGGAGCUGUCGUGUACAAAGUGCCCCAACUUAACACCGACCAUGUGCUGAAAAUUAGCCUAAGAAGUGUGGACUCAGAAGACACGACACCAAUCUCAAAGAAUUAUGGAGGUGGUGGGCAUCAGAAUGCAAGUUCAUUUAUGUUAAAUUGCGCCGAAUUUGACUGA